AUGAAGGAACCGCCGCCCAACGAAGAAACGAACGUUCAGUCGUCGAAAGAGAGUGCCCAAACGACGAAGACGAACGAGCCGGAAGAGAAGACGAAGGAUAACGCGAGUACAAGCGACCCCUUCGAAGAUCUCGACGACACGCCGUUGGAUUUUCGGAAGAAGCAAGAACAGGAGAAAAACAAGGCCGGCAAACAGGUGUUGAAAAAGAAGCUGCACACCUGUGAGAUCUGCUACGCGACGUUCGAUCAUAAGAGCAAACAUACCAGGCACAUGUACAAGCACAGUAACUCGAGGCCACACAAAUGUGCCAUUUGCGCGAAGGGAUUCAAGACCACUGCUCACCUGACCAGGCAUAUGGAGGUCCACGACGAGCCUGUAAACCUACACGCGUGCAGCCUCUGCGACUUCAAGGCACGCACCAAGCCUUAUCUGAAGAUCCACUAUAUCAGAAAGCACACGGAGGACUAUAAUUACAAGUGCGAGCAGUGUGGGAAGAUGUUCAAGGUGCAGUCAGACUAUACCACCCACGUGAAGGACCACGACACGGAAUCUUGCGUCUGCGACAUCUGUGGCUCUUCUUAUCCUAGCAAAAGCUCGCUCUACUUUCACAAACAUUACAAGCAUAAGACGAAGGUGAAGAAGUUUCAGUGUCAGACUUGCAAGAAGAAGUUCAAGACGCAAAAGAACCUGGACAAUCAUAUGGAACUGCACAAGAUCAAGUAUGUCUGUGAACAAUGCGGUAUGGAAUUUAAAACGAAAUACGGCCUCACCAAGCACCUGAGGACACAUUCCGGGGAGAAGUCUUACUUGUGCGCGAUUUGUGGGAAAACCUUUGGGUGUCUCAGCUCUCAGAAGAUUCACCUGUUGACCCACGUCGGUGAACGGCCUUACGUCUGCGAUAUCUGUGGUCAGAGCUUCACGCAGAGAUCACCCAUGAUGCUGCAUCGCAGAAAGCACCCUGGAGUACACCCGCCACCCCCACCCAUUAAGAUCACGAACCUGCUGCACGGUGUACAGGACAAAAUUAUCGUGAACAAGAGCAGCAAGUAA